CGGUGUAAAGGGUGGUUAUGAUGUUUCUUAAUUUAUUAUUUUCUAAAUCUAUAUAAAUAAAUGAAUAACCUUUUCUUCUUCUAUUAAAAACCUUAACUAUGAAAGAAAAAUGGAAUUUUAUUUUAUACCUUGUUUGGUUUUCAUAUCUAGUAUUAUCGGCAGUUCUUAUGUUUGGCCAGGGAUUUUUACUGUCUCGAAAAACUUUAAAUGAUGUAUCAGAAUGUGUGCCUUUAGAGAAUUUUGGGUGUGACGGUCGUCUAAACUCCAGUGAAAAAUUUUCGUGUACGGAAAGCAGUAAAAUCCAACGAAUUUUAGCAAAUUCCGGUUCGCCAAUUGUAUGCGCUGCUAAGAGUCAUAGAGUGGUAUUUGUAUUAGUGGAUGCAUUACGAUAUGAUUUUACUGAAUACAAUAAAGAUAAUGAGAAUCCUUUAUAUUAUCAAAAUCGACUGCCAAUUAUUCAAAAGACAAUCGAGCGGUACCCAGAACGCGCGCGGGUAUUUCGUUUUAUGGCAGACCCACCAACCACAACUCUUCAAAGAAUAAAGGCACUUGUAACGGGCUCAUUGCCUACCUUUGUUGAUAUCAGUUCAAACUUUGCUGCUAUUGAAAUACAAGAAGAUAAUGUAAUUGACCAGAUUGUUAAAGGAGGCAGUGAAGCUAUAUUGUUAGGAGAUGACACAUGGAUGCGCUUAAUUCCUGGUAGAUGGCUACGCUCUCAUGCUUUAUACUCAUUCCACACUUGGGAUCUAGAUACUGUUGACAAUGAAGUAGAUUCUAAAAUCUAUGAUGAACUGAAGAGGAAUGACUGGGAUCUCCUUGUAGCCCAUUAUCUUGGAGUGGAUCAUGCAGGUCAUAGGUAUGGUCCAAAUCAUCCAGAGAUGGCAAGAAAGUUGACCGAAACAAAUGUAAGGCUCGAGAAAAUUAUUGAAUCAUUGCCAUCAGAUGUCAUACUUUAUGUUGUAGGUGACCAUGGCAUGACAGAAACAGACUCACAAGAAUGGACAAAUUCAGAGGGUGAUCAUGGUGGUGAAAGUAAAGCUGAACGCACAGCCGCAUUAUUUGCCUAUCAUAGUUCAGGAUUCAGUGGAGAUGAAGCAGACAGACUUUCUGGUAAAGAAGUACAACAAACUGAUUUAGCACCGACCCUAAGCGCUGCUUUAGGCAGACCACCACCUGCUCCGUCUCUAGGAAACUUGUUGUUUCCUAUUCUACCUAAUAUGCCUGUCACUCACACAUUGUUGCAUUUAAGUAACAAUUUAAAACAGGUUACUCAAUAUUUAGUAAGAUAUGGAGAAGAGUCUCAACAAAUUCCACUUGACAGACUUGCUCAAUUGAUUAACGCGACAAGAGACCAAAUUGAGAAGGGAGCAACAGUAGAAACAGAAGAUGAACUGAAAUUGUAUACUUCAAAUGUUAGAGCAUUAAUGGAAAACAUUCGCAGCAUAUUUAGAGAAGUUUGGGUUGAGUUUGAUUCUCUUUCGAUGCUUAGAGCACUUCUUCUGUUACUUCUUACAGUAUUCUUUAAUUGGAUCAUCACUGAAGGCAUUCCAGCUGAGCGUAUUCCACACGUAUUCGCUAGUUCCUUUGUCCCUAGUGGACUGAUAUCUAUGGCGGUUUGCAUCGGAAUUUGUUAUACUGGACACUAUUUAGAAAUUGUUGAUGAUGUAGGGCAUGCUAUUAUUUUAAGCACGGGCUUAAUAUCCGGGGCGAUAACGUGCGUGUUAGUUAUAAUGCAUUGGGAUGGUAUCACCCAAAGGUGGUACGAAGGACGUUCGCAGUUUUACGAACGUUUCGCUAGAGCCGCUCUAUUUGCAUCGGCAGCGAUUUUAGUAUCAAACAGUUACGUAAUAGAGGAAGGAGCCACUUUAUCCUUCCUAUCAUUGACAGUAUUAGGUUUGAUGGCUUGGAAUAUUGGAAAUAUUAAAUCGUUGGUACUGUGGGCCGGUUUUGGUGUUGUAAUGGCAUUAACUAGGUCCUAUCGAGGAUGUCGGGAAGAGCAAGGAGAUUGUUGGACGGCUGGGGAGGGUGUGGCGACUGGAAAUGCAUCUAGGGCUGCAUUAGUAAUCGCAUUAGGAUCGGUGGCCGCAGUAGUAGCAAUUUCGAGACGUCAUGUAGAAUGGAGGGGAUAUGGAUUAGUUAUUGCUGGUAUUUUCUCAUGCGCUCACUGGGCAGUUGGAUGGGGCUCGUUAGGUUCUCCGAGCAGAUCGAAGAUGCUAGCUAGAGGCGCGUGGCUAGUGAUCGUUACUAUGUUUGUUCUUCUCUGGAGGAGGGAUGGAAAAGGAGCUACUUUACCACUAGUCGUGUCUGGGCUGCUGUUUUAUUUGGCAAAUACACUAGUUUUAGGUGCGUCGCUUGCGCCAACCGCUGGUUUGGCACUUCUCUCAGGAUUUUUAGCUUUGAAUAUCGUUUCCAUGUUGAAGACUGAAGGCUCAAUCAAAUUCUCGUUAACAACAAGAUGUAAUUCGAGUAUGGCGUGUCUAUGGGCAUUAUUGGCCUCGUACAAUUUCUAUGGCACGGGCCAUCACGCCACUCUGAGCAACGUACGAUGGGCCGCGGUUUUCCACGCUGGAGAUCCGCACUACACUUCCUUCGGCAAUAUAAUUUCUGUUGCUUUGAUGUUUGUUUACUUAUUUGGAAUGCCGUUAUUGUUCGGCGCAACUGUACCUCUGCUAGCACUUUGGGGACGUAAUGGUGCUUCCACACUGGGGCCCCGAACGCAAUUAGCUGCGGUUUUCUCGCUAUGUCUCAAAUUUGCGCUAUGUUUUGCUAUUAGAGUGUUUGUGUGUGCGUUAUCAGCUACAAUCCACUGCCGCCACCUCAUGAUUUGGGGUGUGUUCACACCGAAGCUAAUGUUCGAAGUUGGAUCAUGUACAGCUGCUCUGCUCGGAACCCUAAUUGGAGCAACACUAACAGCUUGGCACAUACCAAACCAGACAAGAUCGAGUUGACACAAGUGAUUUACCACUUGUUACAAUAACUCUUAGAAUGGUUUGUGUAGAAAUUUUAUGUAGAAAAAAACUAGUAUGAGAAUUUUGUAAGAAAAACUUCUUAAUUGUGACGUGGUUAACGAACUGGUUUGAACUAGUUUAUUUGUAGAAAGUGCCCUUAUAAUUUUCGUUUUAUGUAAGGUAUAAGAAAAAUUGAUACAUUAUCUUUUUUUCUACAUAUUUCUGUAUGUAACAAUACCUUUGAAGGGCAUCACAUUAUGUAUCAAACAAGUCACGGAUUAAUUUUCAGUAUUACUGCAAAUGCUUACAGUUCAAAUAAACUAUUUCUUCACUUCUAUAUUGUACCAUAUUUACUUAACUAUAAAGUUUUUAUUAAAACUCCAUUAAAAUAGAUUAAGACAUGUCCAUUGAUAUUAUUGUCAUUGUUUCUGUUGAAAAUCAUGUUGUUAUGAAAGUGUAUCCUAAUUGGAUAUGUUUAUCCAGUAUUCAUUUAAAUAUUAAUCGUUAAAGACCUUUUUAAACUUGUUUGUUGUUUUAUAUUGAUUAAUAAGCUUAACCAAAGGGCCAAAAGUAUUUUUAGGGGUAUUAUAAUAUGAAUGUCGUAUUGAUUUUUACUUCAUAGACUGCACGAGAUUUUUUAUAUUAAUGUUUUGAAAUUAUCUACGAAAUGUAUGAAUUUUUAUCCAGUGUUGCUAUUUAUUUUAUAUUACAGAAAAUUACGUUAAUUUUCAUUAGUGGUACUUUUUGGAGACAUCGUUUAUUCUGCCUGAAUACGACGAAUUAAUAAUAUUUUUUAGAUUAAAGAUAUGAAUAAAAAUAAAAAGUGCAAUUUGUAACAAUUUGUUAUUCAAACUAAGCUUGUCAAAUUAGUUAUGCGUCUGUCAGCAGGAUGUUGGUAGUGAUUUAUAAAUAUAUGUAUGAGUAUAUUGCAAUAUGUAUUGAAGGAUUGAUAAUUUAUAAGACCAUUCUAAUAAUAUUGACCAAUUAUGUCCCGGUAAUCUUGAAGUUGGUGCGUUUUGUACUAAAAUAUUUGUCAAUUUUUGUUUGCAAGUCAUUAAUAAUAGUAAAAACUUUUGUAACUUAAUUCAAAAGAUUAAGAGCUAGAGUCACAAAUUUUAUUUCAAGCUUAUUUAUGCAAUGCUUAGUUUAUACUUUGGACGUUUGCUUAAAUUUUACUCAAUAUUAUUCACUUAUUUCUCAAAUUCUGUUAAUAUUUAAUAACUAUAAUUUUAAAUAAGUGCUUGUUUAUUGUUUCAAGUUUAAAUUAAUGCAUAUAAAUAAGAUAGCACUUAGUGUUAUUAAUUGUA